ACGUCCGCCCCUUGCCUUGCAGCCUCCCGAGCAGCCGCCCUACCCGCACCAUCAGGGCGGGCCGCCCCACUGUCCUCCCUGGAACAACAGCCACGAGGGCAUGUGGGGCGAACAGCGCGGGGACCCCGGCUGGAACGGCCAGCGCGACGCGCCCUGGAACAGCCAGCCCGACCCCAACUGGAACAGCCAGUUCGAGGGCCCCUGGAACAGCCAGCACGAGCAGCCGCCAUGGGGCGGGGGCCAGCGCGAGCCGCCCUUCCGCAUGCAGCGGCCGCCGCACUUCCGGGGCCCCUUCCCGCCGCACCAGCAGCACCCACAGUUCAACCAGCCGCCGCACCCCCACAACUUCAACCGCUUCCCGCCCCGCUUCAUGCAGGACGACUUCCCCCCGCGGCACCCCUUUGAGCGGCCGCCCUACCCUCACCGCUUCGACUACCCCCAGGGGGACUUCCCUACUGAGAUGGGACCCCCUCACCACCACCCUGGCCACCGCAUGCCUCAUCCUGGGAUCAACGAGCACCCACCCUGGGGUGGGCCCCAGCACCCCGACUUCGGCCCUCCUCCCCAUGGCUUCAAUGGGCAGCCCCCCCACAUGCGGCGACAGGGCCCUCCCCACAUCAACCACGACGACCCUAGCCUGGUGCCCAACGUGCCCUACUUCGAUCUGCCCGCGGGGCUCAUGGCCCCCCUCGUGAAGCUGGAAGACCACGAGUACAAGCCUUUGGACCCAAAAGACAUCCGCCUCCCGCCCCCCAUGCCGCCCAGCGAGAGGCUGCUGGCGGCUGUGGAGGCCUUUUACAGCCCCCCCUCCCACGACAGGCCCAGGAACAGCGAAGGCUGGGAGCAGAAUGGCCUCUAUGAGUUCUUUCGAGCAAAAAUGCGGGCGCGGCGGAGGAAGGGCCAGGAAAAGCGCAACAGCGGCCCCUCACGGUCCCGGAGCAGAUCCAAAAGCCGGGGGCGCUCUUCCUCCCGCUCCAACUCGAGGUCGUCCAAGUCAUCAGGCUCGUACUCCAGGUCCAGAUCGCGCUCGUGCUCGCGCUCCUAUUCCCGCUCCCGCUCCAGGAGCCGCAGCCGCUCCCGCUCGUCCCGCAGCCGCUCCCGCUCCCGCUCCCGCUCGCGCUCCAAGUCCUACUCCCCAGGAAGGAGACGUCGGUCGCGGUCCAGGAGCCCCACCCCGCCUUCCUCGGCUGGUCUGGGUUCUAAUUCAGCACCUCCUAUACCUGAUUCAAGGCUCGGGGAAGAGAACAAAGGACAUCAGAUGCUGGUGAAAAUGGGCUGGAGUGGAUCUGGUGGCCUCGGCGUGAAAGAGCAAGGGAUCCAGGACCCCAUCAAGGGGGGGGACGUCCGGGACAAGUGGGACCAGUACAAGGGUGUGGGCGUGGCCCUGGACGACCCCUACGAGAACUACCGCCGGAACAAGAGCUACUCCUUCAUUGCCCGCAUGAAGGCCAGGGACGAGUGCAAGUAGGCGCUCUGCGGGCAGGAGCCGUUGGGACCUUCCUGGCUUACUGGCAGUGACAGACGGUAGGGACAGCUCGGUGGUCAGUCUCCAUCCUUGGGGAGCGACAGAAGAGAAGGAAGACGACAGCAUGCCUAGGGAGAGGGCCGUGCUCCAGAGCGUGGGGGGC